GCGGAGUGCUUCUUCGAGUUGCAGUGCGCCAGAGAUUCCGGAGCUGGGGCGUGCGGUGACGCGGCGGAGAAGGCGAACUUUGCUAUCGUGCAGGAUUGGCUGGAGGUGCGCCGUUCGAGGAUGCGAGUCUAUGAGGUGGAGAGUGCAGAUGGUUUACUGCGUGGGGAGUGUUCCGGCGCAUGGUUUUUGGGUUCCGCGGGGGGGGCCGAGAUCGGCAGCGUUGUGCGGUACCCAGAGGGCCAUGUCGCGACGGUCGUUGAUGUGGACGGUCGCUUGGCCGCUGGCGUAUCUCUCGGAGACGCAGGCGCCGCGCCGUGGCUGCGGUCGAUUGCAGGCGCGCCGAAGAGGAGUGCGCCGAAAAAGAAGGCCGCCGCGAAAAGCCAGCGAGGUGCGCAUCUCCGCGGUGCGCAGAACCCGAACGUCAUGGCGGGCGUUGCAGCGCGGGAGCGACGCGCGACCGGUGAGGAUGGGGCGCCGUCGUCGUCUGGCGAGGACAUGCCAGUCAUCCCGGGAGUCACCGUCGACGAUGCCGAUUCGGGCGAUGCCGCGGGGGCGUCCGUGCUUCGUCGACCUGCAGCUGCGGUCGCCACGCGCGGCCGUGCGUCUGGGGACGAGAGCGACUCGGGUGAGGACAUGCCGAUGCUUCCAGGGGUUACGGUGGAAGAGGAUG